AUGGCGACGACGGAAGCAGCCUGCGAUGCCACUCCAACCUUGGUUCACAGAGAAGACCAACUCCCCUUUCAGCCGCUUACGAUCACUUCAGCAUCGAGCAUCUGCCAUCGCAUACAAGACGAUAAAGGCGACAAGGUGCACAUAGACCAUCUGAGAGAGAUGUUCGUUUCCAUGGAGAUGAAGCUAGUGGAUGUCUGGGAGAACAAGGUAUUGGCUGGAAUUAAGAUACGGGUAUGCUACGAGAACAUCGUGGAUGACACCAGCAACCAUGACGUGGGCUACUGCUUCUUGUCCGACCGCAGGAAUGCCUGUUUCGCAGACCGCGACCGCUUCCUCAAGGCCAUCAUCGUGAUCAAGAGGUCUUUGACCGGUUCGCUGUCAUACGUCAAGGACAGUUGGUAUGGAAACAGGGGCGCCCUGCAGAUGUGGCUGAGAGAUUAUGCAGAGUUUCAAAAGGACCUCGCCCUGACCAGGCCCUUUGCUGAAGUUGCCGCCUACAUCUGCUACCCAGACAAGCCAUCAAUCAAAGACUUAGAAAGUGUGGAGAAGAUUGGCUUCCCUCUGGGCGUCAACUCAUGGCGUCACAUCAGCACCGCCUUCAAACGCAAGCUUGAGGCUCUUCAAGCAGGACACAGCAGGGCGACAGAGAACCGCAUAUAUGGUCUCAGUCCAGAUGCACUGGCAAGUGGGGCAGAGGAUCUUCUGCCUCUAUUCCUUCAAGCCAGCAACAACUGGCAGCUCUGA